AUGCAGCAAUCGCAAGCCGUGGCCUGGAAGUUGCGAAUAUCAGCGAGACGCGCCCGCUGCCGUUGCUCACUUCCCGAAUCGCGUAAAACAAUCGAGACUCAGCUGGACCGACUUGAGGAAACAGUUCACUCACUGGGAAACUCAUUUGGUCGACUAGCGGAGACCAUAGAUGUCUCUCGUCUGCGCGAGAACGCAGAGACUGGGUGCCAAAAUGAUGGCCCCGAGCUAUCAGACAAGACACGCGAUGAUACAAGACUCUAUAUUGGGUCGUCGAAUUCAUUCUCCUUUUUGAAGGACGCCGCGGCUAACAUCGAUGCAAUUGCACAACCACUGGGCGAUGCCACUCGCCAAAGCGCUCGUUCCGAGCUUCAAUAUAUAUCCAGCAAAUUAAACACAGCAGAAAUUGAGACACAGAGUCUCAGAAAUCGUGGUGAUUUUCACGUGCCACCAAAGGCAGCGGGCUACCGCCUGAUUAGCAGUGAGGGUCUUUGGAAUACGGCGAGCUCGGUGAGCCAUUUUUUUUCUCCAUCAGAUGAGUUUGUCAGACAAGUGGUUUUUGAACCCCACAAAGUCCGGGAAACGGCAUGGAUCGCCUACUUCAAUUAUAUGAUGCUUUCCAUAGCUUCAGAUGAGAACGGGGAAGGUGAAGAGACAAACAAGUUUCGCCGCAAUGUUCAGCUCGCGCUGAAUGACAGUCGAAUUUUCCUCGAACCCCGUCAUGCAAACGUUCAAACGUUGUGUUUUCUGGCAAUGAACGACGAAGACUAUGCAGCUCCAAAUCUAUCCUGGAUGCUCUUAGGCCAUGCCUGCAGACAGGCAGAAGCUUUGCGUAAUACAGAGUCAGGACAAAAACGCCUUUGCCUCUUUUGGCUUCUUUUCAUGAUAGACAAGUCCUGCUCUCUUGCAUUUGGCCGACCGGCUUUCAUUCCUACGACUUUAUAUAGGAAUGUCCCUCUACCACAACGAUCCUUCCUUCUUAGAUUUAACCCCCAUGAGCGCGCUAAAUUUGCAAACUAUCAAGACUUUGUCUAUGGCUCCCAAUAUGGUGCCGAGGUUGCCCUUACCCAAAUUCUCACCCUUGAAAGCCCUUCUGCUUAUGCUAGCCAAGUCAGAGAAAUUUCCUUGGGAAUUAGCAACAUUGAGUUUCAGUACUUGCACGCCCUCGUUCUAUUACUGAAAGGUGAUAAGUCCUGCUACGAUCUUCGCCUCUCAUUUUCUCGCUGUGCCAUCUCUAUCUUGCGAUCUAUCGUUUCAAAUUGGAGCUCUGUAUACAAUGGUGUUGUUUGGUAUGCACAAAAGUCUAACGCUGUUCUUUUGGUUAAAAGAAAUGCUUGCUUACUUACACUACGAAGGCAGCUAUUAUAUUGCCCGUUUACCCCUUUCUUCGUGAUACUCGAGCAUAUUGUUCGUGGCAAGGUCUCAUCGCCAACCGCACUCAAAGAUGAUCUAGCGCUCUUAUCAGCGACGGUCUCCUAUUUUGUGGAGAUGUGA